CGGGCUCGAGCGAAACCGCCUUCACAGAGAUCCGCCCAGCAGCAGAUUUCGGAAGAAGCUUUCUCAUAAGACGCGCAGAAAUCGGUCCAGAAGGGAAUUUUACAUCUCUGUUGUUCAUUCGUCGUCUUCUCGUCUCGUCACUUCUCUCUCUCUUCUCUUUUCUCGUAGAGUGUGCGGCUUCCGGGCUAUAAUUUGUCUUGAGUGUAGCUGCUGGGGGUAUGGAGGCUUGAGAAUUUGAGGCUCCUGGUUGCAGCAAAUUCUACAGGAGGGCCCGCUGAUGUCAAUCAUUGUUUUUGACGGGAGAAUCUGCAUGUUUUGACGAUUGGACACAUGAGAAAAUCGUAGAAUACAGUUCGUCCCAUUAGACUGAUAUCUGCAGUAUACCUUCGUCGAUCGUUUCUGCUUCUCUCGUUCUUGAGCCCUUUUGGUCCGUGUAGAUUUGUUAAAUUGUGCGGGAACUGAUCGAUUGCGCUCGAAUUGCUUCCGGACGUGGACGUAGGCGUAUGAGAUAUGGCUGUGGAGAGUGGACCCAAGUCCAAAGGCUCUGCUCUCCGCGCAGAUUGUGAGAUGUAAGUUCCGAAUUUGGCGAAAAGCUUCGUGGAACGCCACUGGCAGUUUUAUCAGUUCUGGGGGACGGUGAGAAAAAUUCUCUUCUAUCCGGAGGUGGUUACCUUACGAAUCUCUUAGGCCCAUGGCGACGCGAGGACUGCGCGUGCUGGCGAAAAGCUCGACCCCUCUUCUACGGCGCACGCUAUCCAAUUCGAUAUCCGAAACUCGACCAUGUGCUCGAAUUUUGGACGCUGAAUGCUCCGGUGCCGCAGCGCUGCCAGCGCGAGGAUCCUGCGGCGUUCCAGCUCGGUCUUAUGGCUCUGCGACGAACCGAACGGCGGAUACAGAGCUCAGCAAGAAUUGGUCCAAGACACCACCGGCAGCACGACGGUUGAGUGGAGAACCCGAGAAAGCUUUCUCCGACGAUGAGGACCACGAGAUUCUGGAUUACCCUGGGGCGAAGACGAACUUCACGCAUGAAAUGACUUUCAUUCCCGAAACCGCUGCCGAGCCCGUUCCUUGCUUCCGUCUGCUCAAUGACUUCGGCCAGCCCCUUCCAUGGGCUAAACUUCCACAGAUGGACGCAGAACUGGCUACCAAAAUCUACCGUAACAUGGUCAAUCUCCAAACCAUGGACGCCAUAUUCUACGAAGCCCAACGGCAGGGAAGGUUCAGUUUCUACUUGACUACGCACGGAGAGGAGGCCAUCAACAUUGCCUCGGCUGCUGCCUUGUCCCCGCAGGACGUCGUCUUCACACAGUAUCGGGAGCCCGGAAUUUUGAUGUGGCGGGGCUUCACAAUGCAAGAUUUCGCCGAUCAGUGCUUCGGGAACGCAGCCGAUCUGGGAAAAGGUCGACAAAUGCCUGUGCACUAUGGCUCACGUGAGCUCAAUUGCCCCACCUUAUCGUCCCCCAUUGCGACGCAACUCCCGCAAGCGGUGGGUGCAGCUUAUGGCUUGAAGAUGUCCAGGAAAGACGCUUGCUCGGUGGCUUACUUUGGCGAUGGUGCUUCCAGUGAGGGCGAUUUUCAUGCAGCUUUGAAUUUUGCAGCCAUUCUGGAGACGCCGACAAUCUUCAUCUGUAGAAACAACGGUUGGGCUAUCAGUACUCCAACGAACGACCAGUUCAGAAGUGACGGAAUAGUGGUUAAAGGGCGAGGGUACGGGAUACGGAGCAUUCGUGUGGAUGGCAUGGAUACUUUGGCGCUGUAUUGUGCGGUCAAGGAAGCUCGAAAGAUAGCCAUCGAGGAGAGCAGACCUGUACUCAUAGAGGCACUGAGCUAUCGCGUUGGUCACCAUUCCACGUCCGACGAUUCAUCUAAAUACAGGAAGAAAGCGGAGAUUGAGCACUGGAAGCUCGUUCGUGAUCCAGUCAACAGAUUUAAGAAGUGGAUAGAAGCUCAGGGCUGGUGGGAUGCAAAAUCCGAGAAGGCGAUUCGAAGUGAAGCGAGAUCUUCGGUUAUCGCGGCCAUGAACAAGGCAGGUCAGAAGCAAAAACCAGAAUUGUCUAAUCUUUUCACGGACGUGUACGACUCCCUUCCAUCCAACCUGAGAGAGCAAGAAUUGCAACUUCGUGAUGUUAUUGCCAAAUAUCCUCGUGGAUAUCCCACCGAUGUGCCUUUGUAGAUAGUUCGGAUUGUACAUAGUUCCGAAUUCUGUACCGAGUAUUGUUCAUACGAUUGUACCAGUGGUGGUGAACCUAGAAUGUCGAACGUCGUUGGGAUACCGACCUGGGCCAUCUCGGUCACAUGAGCGUUGGGGCCAUCUAGAUUGGGAGCGUGCCCAUGGAAGGACGUACAUAACAAGAUAUAUUACAGUAAAACCAACUGUCAGUUCCAUCAGAGCUCUUCAGGACCUGAAACGAAGUACUCUACUCUAGAACGGUUAGAAGUGUUGAAUAUAGCGCCAGAACGGUACUGUCCUUGGGGUACAGACACGGGCAAACGGGGUCGGAGGCCGUCAACUGUAGAGGUAUUCGUUUAGUGUGCACGGAAUGUGAUUGAUUACUAUUGUAGCCAUUGUAUAGAACGAAAAUUUGUGAGAAGUCAGCAGCAAGUGAUUCACUUCGUGUCUCAUCUCGAAAGAGAACUUCGUGGCUCAGAUGUACAAUAUUGUGUCCCAAAAAGAUAAUUACCAUUGAUACGCU